AUGAUCUGCCAAGCGAGUUCGAUUAUUGCUUCGAAUAUCUAUCGGGAAGAUGAUAAGCCGUACUAUAGGCGCGGAAACAAGAUUCUCCUCGCGAUUGUCGGGUGGAACGUUGUGAUGACAGUUUUCAUCAAGUGCUAUUACAUGUGGCGGAACAGUUCGCGGGACCGUAAAUGGAAUGCGAUGAGCGACGAGGCGAAGGAUCAUUACCUCAAGACGACAAAGGAGGAAGGAAAUAAAAGACUCGACUUCCGGUUUGCCCACUAA